AUGGGAAGCCUGCCAUCAGUCCGCACAACUCCAGCUCGUCCUUUCGUACACUGCGGCGUGGACUACGCGGGCCCAAUCCUUCUGCGCUCAUCAACCCUACGAUCGGCGAAGACAAUAAAGGGCUACGUUGCUGUCUUUGUUUGCCUUGCAACAAAGGCAGUACACCUUGAGGCAGUGUCUGAUCUGUCCACGAAUGCUUUCUUGGCAGCCCUGAAGCGCUUCUGUGGUCGUCGUGGUCUCUGCAGCGAAAUUUGGUCUGACCACGGCACGAACUUCGUGGGUGCCGACCGAAGUAUCCGCGAACAUCUGCAAUCGCCGGAGUUCAACCAAGCUGUUAGCCGCUACCUAGCGGACCUGAAAGUGAAGUGGACGUUCAUCACUCCAUCCGCCCCCCAUAUGGGAGGAAUUUGGGAGGCGGCCGUGAAAAGUUUCAAGAAACAUCUCCGGGCCGUCCUUGGGCAUGCGACGCUGACGUACGAGGAGCUUUCAACCGUCUUGACGCAAAUCGAGGCGUGCUUAAAUUCGCGUCCCUUGUGCCAGCUCUCCACAUCGCCCGACUCUUUCGAAGCCUUCACGCCGGGGCAUUUCAUCAUCAACCAACCACUGAACCUGUUGCCCGAGCCUGACAUCCGUCACCUCCAGGAAGGCCGUCUGGACAGAUGGCAACGUGUUCAACGCCACGUGGACGAUAUUUGGGCACGAAGGAGAAACGAAUAUGUCGCUACGCUUCAGCCUCGUAACAAAUGGCAGUCCGUUCAACAGAACUUGGAUUUGGGGCAGUUGGUCCUGAUCAAGAACGACAACACGUCACCAGCGGCAUGGGAACUCGCAAGAAUCAUCGCAACCCAUCCAGAUCAAUAUGGUGUAGUCCGCACCGUAACCGUUCGUCGUGGGCAGAACGAAUACCAACGAGCGGUGCACAAGUUGGUCCCGCUUCCACUGGAUUGA